AGCUCAUUCAACUGGAUUUACUCUCCCUUUGGCUUUACGCUAAUCGCAGUGUUGUGGUUUUUCUGCUGAGGCUCUGUGGUCGUCUUCUCCUCCCUCUCUCAGGAAACUCAGUCUCUCUCUCUCUUCGCCGUGUAUAUAAGAAAGUGUUGAGUAGGCUGUACAGCACUCGGGAAGAAACUAUCCAAGCGUAUUGUAGAUGAGAGGUAUGUGAUUCGGGCAUCGGCGUGGGAUCUACAGGAUGAUUGACAGUUGCCUGUGCUGAGUCACACAGCAGAAUGCCCGGUGUGCCCUGCGGGGCCUUGCAACACCACACUGCGCCUGUAGCCUGUGCGAUCAUCUGCUCCUGGCUUUUGAUCCUGGUCCAUCCUGCCAUUUGCCAAAAACCUGCAAAGCUGCCUUUGGUGGGCCGCAAGCCUUUCCUGGCAGCCUGGAAUGCCCCGCUGGACAUGUGUACGCUGAAGUACAAUAUCAACGUCAGCCUUGAUCUUUUCCACAUCAGCGGAAGUCCACGGGCAGUCCACACGGGUCAGAAUGUCACCAUCUUCUAUGCCAACCGUCUGGGCCACUACCCUUUCUACAACGAACAGGGUGUUUCCAUCAACGGAGGCCUACCUCAAAACUGCAGCCUUGAAGCGCAUCUUCGCAAAGCCCGAGAAGACAUAGUGCACUUUAUACCUUCGGAAGACUUCCGUGGCCUGGCUGUAAUCGACUGGGAGUUCUGGAGACCGCAAUGGAGUCGAAACUGGCACAAGAAGGACAUUUAUCGGCAGCGUUCGCGUGAGCUUAUUGAACAGGCCUACGUUAACGUAACCGAAGACCAGGUGGAGGAACUUGCCCGCUUGCGCUUCGAAAAGAGCGCCAAGGAGUUCAUGCGGGACACUCUGCAGCUCGGCACGCAAACCCGUCCACAAGGACUCUGGGGUUUCUACCUGUAUCCUGACUGCCACAAUUACAAUGUGCAUGCGCAUGACUACAACGGCACGUGCCCUGAACAGGAGACCUUUCGUAAUGACCAGCUGGAUUGGCUGUGGAACAGUAGCACUGCCCUUUUUCCUGCCCUGGCUAUACGCAAGGGUCACACGGACAGCAUUCGCAACCUGCACUUCUCAAAAAAUAGGGUGCUGGAGUCGCUGAGGCUGGCCUCCAAUACCUCACUGCCCUAUGACCUGCCUACAUAUGUAUAUACACGCCUGGGAUACAGGGAUGACGCUAUGGCAUUUCUGACCCAGAAUGAUUUAAUACAUACAAUAGGAGAAAGUGCUGCUCUGGGUGCUGCAGGUUUUGUCAUUUGGGGUGAUCUCAACCUCACAUCUUCAAGGCACAACUGUUCCAAAGUGAAGGCAUUUCUGAACCACAGACUGGGUCAGUACAUCACUAAUGUUACCCGGGCAGCAGAAGUCUGUAGCGACUACCUGUGUCAGUCCAAUGGACGCUGCGUCCGUCGAGACCCAGAGGAGCCGCACUAUCUACACCUGAGCCGCGGGAGCUAUCGGAUCCACUCCAACCGGAACGGCACAUUUACUGUGACCGGCGGGGCCUCACAGCGUGACCUCAACCUGCUGACCAAGAGGUUUCGCUGUCACUGCUACCAGGGGUACCAGGGCGGCCGCUGCGACAGCAUAGAGCCAGUAGAGAAAGAAGAAGACAAUAUGAUAAAGGAGGACAUGGAGGAGGUGUGGGAGGAGAAACCGGAGGAGCCUGAGGAGACGAGGGAUACGGCUGUGCCUUUAGAAAAAGCCUUCCUUCUGACGGUUCUACUCCUUUCGUUGAACUUAGCUUAAAUUUAAAGGUGAACUGUGUAAUUUUGGUGCCACUGGCAUCCCUUAAACCAAAAGCCCCAAAACUGCACCACUGGCUGAGCUGACAUUGCUGUGACAGGCUGUUUGAAAUGCUUAAAGAAAUAGGGGAAUGUUUUAAAAAUGCUACGGCUUUUACACCACAUUUUUUACAUUUAACUCUUUCCCUGCCAGUGUUUUAAAAAAAAGUUGCCAGCCAGCGCCAGCAUUUUUUAUGAUUUUCACAAAAAAAUAAUGCCUUCCAGAAAAUGUUCUUCUUAAAAUAUCUAAACAUACAAUUUAUCAAAUGAAAUAACAGACCCUCUGCUUCAAACAAAAACUUUUCAUCCUACCUUCAUCUCUUUUUAUCACCACCAUGUUUCUUCAAAAAUAACACACUUUAAGCAAAAAGCUGAUUGCGUUUUAAUAAGAGCGCCAUCUGGUGGAAAUAUGAUUGGCAGGAAAUAUGUUUUCUCUUAAUUGACGAGUGAACUUGUCAAUGGCAGGGAAAGAGUUAAGAUCAUUUACCCCAAAAUUAAAAUUCUGUUAAAAUUUGUUUACACAUUGGAGUGAAUAAAUAAUAACAGUAUUUAUUUUGGGGUGAACUAUCCAUUUUAACUAGGAUAGCAGAAAAUAUUUUACAUUAACUCUUUCCCCGCCAUUGACGAGAUAUCUGGUCAAUCAAGAGAAAACGCUUCCCUGCCGAUGACGAGUUUUUCCGUCUUUCCGCAAUACCGCUAUUAUCCACUAGGUAGCGCCCUUCCGCAACUUUUUAAACCCUGAAGUAUUGCCCUAUGUCAAGCUGCUGCAUGUCCGUGUCUGUUUUAAAGAUCGCUCUGAAUGGCAUCUCUAUGAAAAGUCGUCACAAAAAUGGAAUUAUCUCAGCUUUUUGCUCAAAAUGUGGUGUUUUUGCAGAAACCUACCCAUAUUCAAAAGCUGAUUACAAAAGAACUACUGAAGGUAGGAUGAAACUUUUUUUUUUUUUUUUGAAAGCAGAGGGUCUGUUCUUUCAUUUGGUAUAUUGUAUGUUUAUAUAUUUGAAGAAGAACAUUUUCUGGAAGACAUUAAACUUUUGUGAAAAUCAUGAAAAACGCUGGCGCUGGCUGGCAACUUUUUUUUAAACGCUGGCGGUGAAAGAGUAAAAAAUUACACACGUCACCUUUUGGGGAAUGUGGCUACAAAGCCACGUGAUGGCACAUCAUGACAUGGUCAGGUUUCAAUUUUUGUGAUUUUAUAUUAUAAAAAAACAUUUACAGUGGUGAUGUAUGAUGUAGAAGAGAUACAAGCCUUUGCACAAACUCACAAGAUUCAUAUUGCUGUCUCAGAAUGAUAGUUUUUAACCAUGAUAUGCUCUGUAAUAUGAACUUAAUGCUGGAUUAUUGUGCAAGUUUGGAUUUAAUCUAUGCAAUCUGUUUUACAAAGCACUGACACUAAGAUGCUUCAUCUGACUUUUAUUAGCAAGCCUAUAUCUUAAAGACCCUCACUGCAUCCGAAAUCCUGUACUGUGACAAUAAGUACUGAAUUAGAUGAAGGAAAUUAUGCUCAGUUAAAAAUUUUCUAUCUACACAGUGACCUAAGCUGGUGCGGUGCUAUAAAGUAACAAGCUAUAUAUAGUAAGCGUUAAAAGUUUUUGUGAAAACCGGCUGCAGUGAUACGGCACGAACAGUGGCGGCUGGUGAAUUCUUUUUUUGAAGCGCACAAUGCGAAGUUCGUCACAACAUGUAUGUAGCUUGUUGUGUGUGUGGUUCAUCAUUUUAAAAUAUGUGUUCUGCGCUUUGAGAGAUCGUGUGUGCAUCACGUGUCAUGCCAAAAUAAGUGCCUGCUGCCUUGAACGCGAACUUGAAAAGAGACGCUCGCGUUUGCCAGAUACUCGCAUAAUCUCAUGCGUAAUAAGAGUUUACUGUUAAGGGAGUGUCUUGCGUGUAUUUAGGGAACGUGAGCGUCUCUUUUAUCAUAAACGGUUUUGACGCGUGUGCAGCAGGCACUUAUUUUGACAAAACACGUGAUGCACACAGGAUCUCUCCACACGCAGGACAGAUAUUUUGAAAAGGGGAACCACACACUUGACAAUCCGAACACUUAUUUUGAAUUAGCGCAUCCUCGGAAGAGCAGUCACGAGCCGCCACAGGGCACAAAUGGCAGGAUUUUUUUGCCUAGUUUUAUUUUUGUGUUGUAGUCCCGCCCACAGCUAAAUUUUUAUUGGUACAAAAAUCUAUUAUAAACUACAAAUAUCCUAAUAAUAUUAAGGUGUGGUUAUUUUCUGCCUGUGUAAUUUUGCACAAAACUUUUUGUUAUUUUUUAGCGCGAUGCUAAUGGUCUAAUCAGAUUCAAUGGACUAUGCUAAGCUAUGCUAAAAGUGGUAGCCCCAGACCCGUAGAUCAGCUGAAUGAAUUCCAAAACGGUAAAAAUCAAAUGUUUAACUCUAGAGGACCUGGAUAAUGAGACUAUUUUCAAAAAAGUGAAUUGUCCCUUUAAUAGUUUUAAUACUCUACAAUACAAUUAAUGUAUUCAACAGAUUAACAAUUGAACAACCUCAGUGAACACAACCAGAUUUAAAGCUACAGUCAUUUUAAUACAGCAACUGUACAAAUGGUUCAUUUUUCUUCAAAAUAACUACUUCUAAAAUGUUUGUUAAGCCAAAAAAAUAUCAAGAUGUUUGUUUACACCUUUGUUUGCAUUUGCAAGUGAUGCUACAGAAGGCUGUGGUGUGUGAAAUUCAUAAUGAUUGUAUGUUUUAAACUGUACUCUUGUCUUUAUGAAGCAAUUCAGCAUCACUGAUUAUAUGAAGGUAUGUACUGUACUUCAAAAAUAUUUGGAGCAAAAUCUGCAAAUUGUUACAAACUGUAAUACAUUUGUCUACCACCAAGUCCAAUUUCAGGUUAAAGGGUAAUUGGACCAUAUUUUAUCACUAUUUUUUGAUAUUUUACAGUAAUAAUGCAUUCACAGUUUUAUAAAAUAGUGUAUUUUCGUAGCAUUUAGAUGAGUUUGUACAGGACAAUAUUAUCGGAGCCUGCAAUGUUUGUGUUGAUUACCUCAGUGCUAAACCUUGCCAGUCUCUUAAUGUGUCCAUAUAUUUUUUAUUCAUCUCAAAAACAUAUGCAAUUAUAUGCAAUGUGUAAGAAAUUACUUGACCUUUUAUACAUUCAGCAAUACUAUUAACCAAAUACUCAAUGAAGACAAUGCAAUGUGCAACAAAUGUUGCUUGACUUAUGCACUGCAAAUAAAAGAUUGUAACUUGUAACAAUUUUCUUUGAUGUGCAAAUAAAUGUAUGUCACGACCUCAUAUUAAAUGA